CGACGGCAGCACCACCGGCAGCGACACGGGCGUCGGCUCGGACCCCUGCCACUCCGACAGCGACGAGACGGCCUGGUCCGCCAGGCCCGUCGGCGCCCCCCCGGGGCUCGGCCUCGACGCGUGCACGGUGGCCCCCGCCAGGCGCACUCCCCUUCGCAGCCAGGCCGCCGCGUACUCGCCCCUCCGUAGCCAGGCCGAGGCGUUCGUCCCCCUGUGCCUCGCGCUGGCCGCGAGCGCCCCAGGCGCCGGCGCCCACGCAGAGGAGGGCGCGAAGGAGGCCAGGAAGACGACGGUGAUGAUGUGCAACGUGCCCCUCUCCUACACGUGCGACUCACUGAUCGGCCUGCUGGAGUCCAAGGGGUUCUCAGGGGGGUCGGCGCACUUUGUCUACGUCCCCAUGAACUUCACCGAGAUGCUCGGCGUCGGAUACGCGUUCUUGAACAUGACCACCCCCGAGCGAGCGGAGGAGUUCAUGCUUGCCUUCGAGGGCUUCGACGGCUGGGCAUCCUCGUUCUCCAAGACGGCGUGCAGCAUGCGCUGGAGCAACUGCCAGGGCCUCAGCGAGAACGUCAGCCGCUAUCGGAACAGCCCCAUGAUGAGCGAGGAGGUGCCGGCGUUCUACAAGCCGGUCCUCCUGAGAGACGGCGUGCGGGUCCCGUUCCCGAAGCCCACGAAGCAGCUGCGCACACUGAGCCCGUUCUCCAUGCUCUCCGCCAUCAGCCCAGCGGACACCCUGCCGCUGAAGGUGUUCCUGUCGGACGACGACGGCAGCACCACCGGCAGCGACACGGGCGUCGGCUCGGACCCCUGCCACUCCGACAGCGACGAGACGGCCUGGUCCGCCAGGCCCGUCGGCGCCCCCCCGGGGCUCGGCCUCGACGCGUGCACGGUGGCCCCCGCCAGGCGCACUCCCCUUCGCAGCCAGGCCGCCGCGUACUCGCCCCUCCGUAGCCAGGCCGAGGCGUUCGUCCCCCUGUGCCUCGCGCUGGCCGCGAGCGCCCCAGGCGCCGGCGCCCACGCAGAGGAGGGCGCGAAGGAGGCCAGGAAGACGACGGUGAUGAUGUGCAACGUGCCCCUCUCCUACACGUGCGACUCACUGAUCGGCCUGCUGGAGUCCAAGGGGGGGUCGGCGCACUUUGUCUACGUCCCCAUGAACUUCACCGAGAUGCUCGGCGUCGGAUACGCGUUCUUGAACAUGACCACCCCCGAGCGAGCGGAGGAGUUCAUGCUUGCCUUCGAGGGCUUCGACGGCUGGGCAUCCUCGUUCUCCAAGACGGCGUGCAGCAUGCGCUGGAGCAACUGCCAGGGCCUCAGCGAGAACGUCAGCCGCUAUCGGAACAGCCCCAUGAUGAGCGAGGAGGUGCCGGCGUUCUACAAGCCGGUCCUCCUGAGAGACGGCGUGCGGGUCCCGUUCCCGAAGCCCACGAAGCAGCUGCGCACACUGAGGCGCCGCAAGGGAAAGGAGCAGGAGGGCGAGGACACCCUGCCGCUGAAGGUGUUCCUGUCGGACGACGACGGCAGCACCACCGGCAGCGACACGGGCGUCGGCUCGGACCCCUGCCACUCCGACAGCGACGAGACGGCCUUGGCCGGCCAGGGGACCCCCAGGGGGUCGGGCACUUUGUCUACGUCCCAGAAACUUCACCGAGAUGCUCGCGUCGGAUACGCGUUCUUGAACAUGACCACCCCCGAGCGAGCGGAGGAGUUCAUGCUUGCCUUCGAGGGCUUCGACGGCUGGGCAUCCUCGUUCUCCAAGACGGCGUGCAGCAUGCGCUGGAGCAACUGCCAGGGCCUCAGCGAGAACGUCAGCCGCUAUCGGAACAGCCCCAUGAUGAGCGAGGAGGUGCCGGCGUUCUACAAGCCGGUCCUCCUGAGAGACGGCGUGCGGGUCCCGUUCCCGAAGCCCACGAAGCAGCUGCGCACACUGAGGCGCCGCAAGGGAAAGGAGCAGGAGGGCGAGGACACCCUGCCGCUGAAGGUGUUCCUGUCGGACGACGACGGCAGCACCACCGGCAGCGACACGGGCGUCGGCUCGGACCCCUGCCACUCCGACAGCGACGAGACGGCCUGGUCCGCCGGGCCCGUCGGCGCCCCCCCGGGGCUCGGCCCCGACGCGUGCACGGUGGCCCCCGCCAGGCGCACUCCCCUUCGCAGCCAGGCCGCCGCGUACUCGCCCCUCCGCAGCCAGGCCGAGGCGUUCGUCCCCCUGUGCCUCGCGCUGGCCGCGAGCGCCCCAGGCGCCGGCGCCCACGCAAAGGAGGGCGCGAAGGAGGCCAGGAAGACGACGGUGAUGAUGUGCAACGUGCCCCUCUCCUACACGUGCGACUCACUGAUCGGCCUGCUGGAGUCCAAGGGGGGGUCGGCGCACUUUGUCUACGUCCCCAUGAACUUCACCGAGAUGCUCGGCGUCGGAUACGCGUUCUUGAACAUGACCACCCCCGAGCGAGCGGAGGAGUUCAUGCUUGCCUUCGAGGGCUUCGACGGCUGGGCAUCCUCGUUCUCCAAGACGGCGUGCAGCAUGCGCUGGAGCAACUGCCAGGGCCUCAGCGAGAACGUCAGCCGCUAUCGGAACAGCCCCAUGAUGAGCGAGGAGGUGCCGGCGUUCUACAAGCCGGUCCUCCUGAGAGACGGCGUGCGGGUCCCGUUCCCGAAGCCCACGAAGCAGCUGCGCACACUGAGGCGCCGCAAGGGAAAGGAGCAGGAGGGCGAGGACACCCUGCCGCUGAAGGUGUUCCUGUCGGACGACGACGGCAGCACCACCGGCAGCGACACGGACGUCGGCUCGGACCCCUGCCACUCCGACAGCGACGAGACGGCCUGGUCCGCCGGGCCCGUCGGCGCCCCCCCGGGGCUCGGCCCCGACGCGUGCACGGCGCCGAGCGCCCACCACCCACGCCAAGGAGGGCGCGAGGAGGCCAGGAAGACGACGGUGAUGAUGUGCAACAUGCUCGGCGUCGGAUACGCGUUCUUGAACAUGACCACCCCCGAGCGAGCGGAGGAGUUCAUGCUUGCCUUCGAGGGCUUCGACGGCUGGGCAUCCUCGUUCUCCAAGACGGCGUGCAGCAUGCGCUGGAGCAACUGCCAGGGCCUCAGCGAGAACGUCAGCCGCUAUCGGAACAGCCCCAUGAUGAGCGAGGAGGUGCCGGCGUUCUACAAGCCGGUCUUCCUGAGAGACGGCGUGCGGGUCCCGUUCCCGAAGCCCACGAAGCAGCUGCGCACACUGAGGCGCCGCAAGGGAAAGGAGCAGGAGGGCGAGGACUGAGUGGGUAAGGCAGCGCUUGUCCCUGUGAUUGCGCUCGGCGGCUCUCUUCCGGCCCCUGCUCGAUGCCUCAUCCCGUUCUCCAUGCUCUCCGCCAUCAUCCCAGCGGCAUUCGCCCACUGGUAGUACUGGUUGGCAUGCUACCCUUUGGCCUGCAAGCCUCACUGCGAACGAGGUUCGGCGAGGGUCGUUCAUGUGGACCGAGAAGCCCAGCAGAUUGUGCGGCAGCUACAAC